AUGAACGUCGAGCCUGCUGCCAGCUCAGACGAUCCUCGACAGCGCAUACCGCCAGACAAAAUCCUCAGGACAAUCUCGCCGACGCUGGUUCACCACUAUGAACCCGCUCAAGAUGGGAUCGACUCCAAUCUGCUCGUCAUGUUGCACGGACUAGGCGACACACAGAAGCCUUUCUCUGCACUCGGCAGGAAGCUCAACCUGCCGCAGACUGCUGUCUUAUCCAUUCAGGCACCUCGUAAGAUCGUCUGGCUCGCAGACGAAGAGUGCUACGAGUGGUGGCAGCAUUUUGACGUCACUGGCGAAGUCAUCAUCGAGCAGGAUCCGAGCAAAGCAAUCGCAUGGCUAUGUGACAUCAUCGACUCGCUUCGUACGAUCUGGCGUUCAGAGCACAUCCAUUUCUUUGGUUUCGGUCAAGGCGGCAGCCUGGCUCUCGAAACGUGCAGGGCGCUAUCGCGCGUGCAACUCAGGCUUGGCUCGGCAGUGAGCAUCCAAGCCGGUCUGAUGUCUCUGCCAACUGCGGGGAGCGCUCGCUCAGCGACGCCUGUAUUGCUCUGGCUUGCCAAGACACCGGUUCAGGCUGAUCAGAGCCAGUUCGAGCGAUCAGCAGUCAAGCUGCAGACCUUGCCGAUACUGCACCGCGCUUUCGAAUCUGCGGAGCUGGCCCGGGUCGCACUGCAAACAGGCAUGCCGCGAUCUCAAGCAGACUGGUUGCCCAUCAUGCGCUUCUGGAGCCAGCAUCUCAGGCGGAGAGAGGCAUGGGAGCUACAGCUGGACGAGUCUGUCUUUCGCGUCUUACGGUGA